GUGAUUGGUAAUUGCCACCCCCACACUUAUUGAGAAGUGCAGCCUUUUUUUUUUUAAUAUCCCCAAAAAAAAAAACAAACUAAAAAAUACAAAAAUGGCUGAACAACAACAUCAAGAUCAUCACAAAGAGCUUCAGCUUUUGCCUUCCACUGAAUCUCCGGUGAGAAAACACCGACCAACUGUUAUAUCAACCGACCACCACCACCACCACCAUCACCACAACCACAACAACCGUUCGUCCUCCAUGAUCCACCACGAUCUUGACCUCAAACUGUCCAUCAGCCUCAGCUCGAUCACUACUGCGGCUGAAGAGCAUCCAAGCGGUGGUGGUGUGGAGGCGCUGAAGUGGCAGGCGGCUGAGCAGAUAAGGCUGGCGGCUAUAGAGAAGGCUUACGCCGAGAGGGUUAGAGAGUUGACUCGUCGUGAGAUGGAGAUGGCUCAGUCUGAGUUUGCUCGUGCUAGGGUGAUGUGGCAGAAGGCGAGAGAGGAGGUGGAGAGAGCAGAGAGGUUGAAGGAAAGAUCAAUGACGAAGAUCGAUACGGCUUGCUUGGAGAUCACUUGCCACUCUUGCAGGCAAAGGUUUAGGCCUUAAAAGUAUUUCAUUUGUUUUCUCUUAAUUAUAUGUUAUUAUAAAUGGAUAUUUCAAGCCAAAUUAAACUUUCACUAGUUUGAGAAAAUAAUUUGGAUUUUUUUUUAUAUUUGUGGUUAAUUAAUUAAUUUAUUUUCAUUUUCUA